CGGCAAUUCGAAUGCUAUGGACGAAAAGACGCCGUGAAUACCUGAAACUCUUGUUAUAUAAUAAGUCACAGGAGCCGUCUCUUAUCCAUCAGAACUUGUUCUAACAUUGCAAUCUCUAUCCCAGCUUUGCUAUUUACUAUACCAUCAUUAUCUAAAGUCUACUAUCUACCCCAAAAUAUCCGUCAUCAUGAAAUACGCCCUUGCCCUUUCCUCCAUCAUCUCUGCGGUUGUGGCCGUGCCCGCCAUGCUGGAGCACGAGGCACCAAUGCAGUCGCGCCCAAUGGACGCUGUGGCUAAACAUGGCGACAACUCCUAUACCCAAGUCAGUAAUAACUGGUCUGGAAUUGUCCAAAAGGGAACUGGAUUAAACCACAUCACUGGCACCUUUACUGUCCCAUCUGUGACUGGCCCUGACGGCUCUGGUGCAUCAUUCUGGGUCGGUAUCGACGGUACAAACGGCUGUAAUUCUCUCAUGCAAGCUGGAAUUACUGCCGAUGCUGGUGGCUCUACCUAUGCCUGGUACGAGUGGUACUCCGAACCCGCUUAUAACUAUAACCUCGCCGUCAAGGCCGGCGACGUUGUCAGAGUGACUGUUGAUGCCACUUCAACUACCACUGGCACCACUACGACGGAGAACCUGACGACAGGAAAGAAGGCCUCCCACAAGUUCACCAGUGGUCCUGGGCCCCUCUGCGAGCAGAACGCCGAAUGGGUCGUUGAGGCUUAUUCUCGUAAUGGAAAGACUAUCACCUUGGCCAACUACGACACAGUGACAUUUAGCAAGGCGGUUGCAUCAGGUUCGAGCGGAACUUACGAUGGCUCUACUGGCGAAUCUUACGAGCUUCAUCAGAACAGUAAGACUGUCAGCAAGUGUUCCGGUAGCUCUGGCGAUAUUGUCUGCAAGUACCAGUAGUCAAAAGGGAUGGGGGAUUAGUAGAUUAGUUAGCAAACAGUCAU